GUGACAACCUGAGCGACGCGACGCGUGUUUCCCUCUGUCACACGUUACUCAGGCGCGAUCGUGUCACGGCACUAGGCGUUCUGCUUUCUUGCUUGUACGCGUUCAGAAUCGAAGAUGGCCGAACCACAAGCUAUGUACGCUACGGACGAGUAUGGACGUCCCUUCAUCAUUUUGCGCGAGCAAGCAAAGAAGACUCGCACUCACGGUGUACAGGCAAUCAAGUCACACAUUCUGGCUGCACGGACCGUAGCGAACGUCAUCCGCACAUCUCUCGGUCCAAGAGGGCUCGACAAGAUCCUCAUCUCACCGGAUGGCGAUAUCACUGUGACGAACGAUGGUGCUACUAUUCUCACCCAGAUGGAGGUCGAGCACCAAAUUGCGAAGCUGCUGGUGCAAUUAUCGAGGAGUCAGGACGAUGAAAUCGGUGAUGGUACUACUGGUGUCGUCGUCCUCGCUGGUGCGCUACUGGAACAGAGCGAAGCAUUGCUCGACCGCGGUAUCCACCCGAUCCGGAUAGCAGAUGGCUUCGACCGCGCAUGUGUCGUUGCAGUCGAACACCUCGAGAAGAUCUCUGACAAAGUGGAGUUCACUCUCUCCGACACCUCGAACCUCGUCAAAACGGCAAAGACCAGUCUUGGCAGCAAAAUUGUCUCAAAAGAGCAUGACAAGUUCGCUGAGAUCGCUGUGGAUGCUGUCCUGGCGGUAGCGGACUUCGAGCGGAAAGACGUUCCGUUUGACAUGAUCAAGGUCGAUGGAAAGGUCGGCGGGUCGCUCGCCGACACGACGCUCAUCAAGGGUGUGCUCGUAGACAAGGACUUCUCACAUUCCCAGAUGCCCCAUUCAGUAAGGGAUGCGAAGAUUGCUAUUCUCACCUGUCCGUUCGAGCCUCCGCGUCCGAAGACGAAACACAAGCUUGAUAUCACUAGCGUGGAGGAGUACAAGCUCCUACGGGAGUAUGAGCAUGACAAGUUCCAUGACAUGAUCAAGCGUGUGAAGGACACUGGCGCGAACCUGGUCAUCUGCCAGUGGGGAUUCGACGACGAGGCGAACCACUUGCUCAUGCAGAACGAUCUGCCUGCAGUACGAUGGGUCGGCGGUCCUGAGAUCGAGCUCAUCGCUAUCGCUACACAAGGUCGCAUCGUGCCGCGCUUUGAGGACCUUACGGCAGAGAAGCUCGGCAAGGCAGGCAUCGUCCGCGAAGUAUCGUUCGGCACCACAAGGGACAAAAUGUUGGUGAUUGAAGAGUGUGCCAACGCCCGCACAGUCACCGUCUUCGUCCGGGGCAGCAACAAGAUGAUCGUGGACGAGGCGAAGCGCGCCCUGCACGACGCGCUCUGCGCGGUCCGGAACCUCGUCGUUGACAAUCGCGUCGUGUACGGUGGAGGUGCGGCGGACAUCAGCUGCGCGCUCGCGGUCGCGAAAGCUGCGGAUGAGACUCCGUCCAUCGAGCAGUAUGCGAUGCGGGCGUUUGCGUCCGCGCUCGAUGCUGUGCCCCUUGCGCUCGCAGAGAACAGCGGUCUGCCGCCGAUCGAGACGCUCGCGGAGGUGAAGAGCCGGCAGGUGAAAGAGGGCAACUCUGUCCUUGGUAUCGACUGCAUGGGUCGGGGAGACAAUGAUAUGAAGAAGCAGUUUGUCUACGACCCGCUCAUCUCGAAGCGUCAGCAAUAUCUUUUGGCGACACAGUUGGUGCGGGCUGUACUCAAAAUAGACGACGUCAUCGUCGCUGGACAAGCCGAGGAGUAGAUCAAGCAAUAAUCUGUAUCAUUAAACCCAUUGCGC